AAACUUGUACCAAAGCGUCGCAACCCAAUUGAAACGACCCGCUACCUUAUCAUUUUUCUUGAAUUCGAGUGGUCGAUUAUUGGAAGAAAAAACUACCCUUGUACAACGGGCGAGUAAUAAGCAAAGUACAUGAACUGUGCGAUGUGUAUUUUAUUUGUAAUUUUCUUCGUCACAUAGGUCAAGUAGACUCAAAACUAUAUAUUAGACUAUAUUAAACAAUUUUCCUCCGAAUAUGUUGACCUGAAUUCAAUAAAUUUUACCGCAUUGAGGAAAGUAAACACUUGACACCACUAAAUGACCACUAAAUGUUUGCUUCCGAAGAAGGAAACCCGAUAGUAAUCGUUUACUAACAAGUCGUGGAAUCGCGUCAGAAUCUCUCCAGCAUGGAUAACUAGUGUCAAUCAUUAUUUCGUAAAUAGACAGGGUGCGAAAGUCGUAAACACUCGGUCAUCCCCUAGGCAACAUUUGAAUAAACAGAACGUUAACGCCUGAACUGACCCAAGGGAUGAACAGUCCAUCUUCGAUACUCAUCGAAAGUGUUAACGAUAUCCAUUUCUUGUUUGCCCGAACACGGCCUCUUUUGGCCUUUAUGCGGGCGUCGAAAUGAUGCGGCGACUCUCGAUGGCACUCUUAUUAUACCUGACGUUCAUCGCUUACCAUUUCCGGUCUGUUCACGCUAAUGAGGCGAACGAUUCACGAUUUGAUAUGGGGCCAAAUUCGAAAUCCUCCAGACCUCUCAAUUUACUUGUGAUAAACGACGAGAAGAAUGACUCGGCAAACAAAUCGGUGGCGAACGCUUUAGAGGAACUCAAGGAACAACGGCGGGAUCUUUUCAUUGGAGAUAUAUCGGUAGUCCAGAUUAAUGGAUCAGAUCCACAGGGUACUUUGAUUUCAAUUUGCGGAGUCUGGGAUACGGCGGUUCGUCAAAAUAGCAACAAAAUCCCGGAUCUAAUCCUGGACACAACGAUGAUUGGACCGGGUUCUCGAACGGUAAAUUCUUUCGCCGCAGCUAUGGGACUUCCCACCCUCUCGGCACAGUUUGGUCACGGGAACGGCCUUGGAAAAUGGAAAAACUUCAAAGCAAACCAGGCUAACUAUUUAAUUCAAGUAAUGCCGCCGGCUGAUUUGGUCCCCGAAGCGAUUAGACAACUCGUGAUAACUAUGAACGUGAGUAACGCGGCCAUCCUGUUCGACGACAACUUCGUCAUGGAUCACAAAUACAAGAGCCUUCUACAAAAAGUUCCGGUUCGGCACGUGAUCGUAAAAGCAAAAGAAGCGGGUUCACAGAUGACGAAGCAACUCUCUAAGCUCCGAAAUUUGGAUAUCGUAAAUUUCUUCGUCCUCGGAGGACCAGAGACGCUUCGGGCUGCUCUCGAUGCAGCGCAAGCACUCAAUUUUACCGGGCGGAAGUUCGCCUGGCACGGUUUGACUCUCGGAGAUUUCAGUCCUGAUUGCGAUUGCAUGAACAUCACGGUGCUCUUCCUCAAACCCUCGCCAUCUGCGAACCAGCAGGCACUCGGAGAAUUGAAAAAUAAGGGGCUGCUCAUGAAACCCGUUCUCACUUCCGCGUUUUACUACGAUCUCACCAGAAUCGGCGUCACCGCAAUGAGGGCUGCCAUCGACUCUGGUCACUGGCCAGCGGAUUCGAAUCACUUGACCUGCGACGCCUACGACGGUAACAAUACCCCGGUCAGGUCCAUCCCGUUUCUCAGCCACCUGAAAAACGUCACAUCGAGUAGCGAAUUUCAACCGAUUUACGCGAAUUUCACAUGGGGCGAGAGAAAUGGGCAGCAUCACGCCAGCUUCCAAAUGACGAUGUCCAUGGUGAUCAUCGCUAAUAGCAAUCCCGUUUCUACGGAAAAAGUCGGAUUAUGGGACGCUGGGAUCGACAGGCAGCUGGAGGUAAUCUCCGAAGAUUUAAUCGCCAAUCACACGGCGCAAACUAUCUACAAAGUCGUAACGGUUGUCCAGGCACCUUUCGUCAUGUACGAUGCAGAGACAAACACGUGGUCUGGUUACUGCAUCGACCUUUUAGAAGAAAUACGUAGCAUAGUCAAAUUUGAAUACGAGAUUCGUGAGAUGAAAAAUGGACGAUAUGGGUUCAUGGAUGAUGAUGGAAAUUGGAGUGGUAUGAUCAAAGAGUUGAAAGAAAAGCGUGCCGACAUAGGGUUGGGUAGUAUUUUCAUUACGGCUGAACGAGAGACCGCCGUAGAUUUCACUAUCCCAUAUCACGAAUUAGUGGGACAUUCAAUACUCAUGAAGAAACCGGACUCUCAAACCUCUUCUCUCAAGUUUCUUACCGUCCUGGAAUAUAACGUUUGGUUUUGUAUCCUCGCGGCAUAUUUUUUCACCAGUUUUCUCAUGUGGGUAUUCGAUCGAUGGUCACCCUACAGCUAUCAGAAUAAUCGUGAAAAAUACAAAGACGACGAAGAAAAGAGAGAAUUCAAUCUCAAAGAGUGCUUAUGGUUCUGCAUGACUUCUCUUACUCCUCAAGGCGGCGGAGAAGCGCCAAAAAAUUUAUCCGGACGUCUGGUAGCCGUUGCAUGGUGGCUCUUUGGCUUCAUUAUAAUCGCAUCUUACACGGCUAAUCUCGCUGCUUUCCUCACAGUUUCCAGACUCGAAACCUCUAUAGAGUCGUUGGAUGACCUCAGCAACCAAUACAAAAUACAAUUUGCGCCACUCAACAACUCUUAUGCUCAUCGUUAUUUUGCCAGGAUGGCCGGGAUCGAAAGACGUUUCUACGAGAUCUGGAAGGACAUGAGUCUCAACAACAAUUUCUCCGAAGUAGAAAAAUCGAAAUUGGUCGUGUGGGAUCACCCGAUAAGUGAUAAAUACAUAAAACUGUAUCAGACUAUGAUAGAGGCGGGUAUGCCUGAGACUAUGGACGAAGCUGUAGCAAGAGUACGCGCUUCUGAGAGUUUCGGUGAAGGUUUCGCUUACAUCGGUGAAGCAACCUCAGUAAGAUAUUUAGUAAUGACGAACUGCGAUCUGAUAUCCGUUGGAAAAGAAUUUUCAAGGAAAUCAUACGGGAUCGCCUUACAGAAGGGAUCCCCGCUCAAAACCAAGUUCGACAAAGCGCUCACAGUGUUGUACACCAAACUAACAAUGACAAAAUUGAGUGCCAAAUGGUGGCAAGAAAAUCCAGCGAGAAAAAUUUGUCCAAAACAGCCUGACCAGAAUGCAGGUAUCGGCAUUGAUGACGUCGGCGGCGUUUUCAUGAUAAUAUUUCUUGGGACAUGUAUAGCGUUUUUGGUAGUCGCCUUCGAAUACUUGUGGCAUAGAUACAGGCCAAGGAAUAUCAGCAAAGUGAAAAACUCUCGAAAUCCAGGAACCACACUAACAAUAAGCCUCAGACCUGCGAAACUUCAUUUUCAACCCGCAGCAGUACCACCAGAAGACGUGUUCGCUCCGCGGGAACACCGUGGUAAGAUGUGAGUUUCUUCCGCGGUUUUUUUCAACGACUUAUAAAAUACUAUUUUUUCUCUUUCGGUUCUCCAAUAUCCAUUGAUCGGCUUUACUUUUCUAAGAAUUUUCACAAAGUUUGCAGCCAAUGGUGAAUUGAGAUCCAUAUUAAGCUGGUAGCGGCUGAAUAUCUGAUUUAUGUGUCAAGGAGAAGCUGCACGGCUUCAAACUAGUCAGAUUCAUGAAAUCCCAGGUACUUACAUAAAAGGGAAGCGUAACGAUUUCGACAUUUUCACGUUCCAAGGUCGAAUAUUUUAGGUAUUUCUGAUAACUAUUCAAGAUCAAUAUCCCAAAGAUGACAAGUUUAAAUCCCCUCAAGUACAUGAAUUGUGCGUCGCGCCGUUCAGAUUAUAUUCGUUCGCAUUGUGAAUUUUUCAAUGUACCUGUACAAAUACCCUGCUUAAUAACGCCAACGGUGUUUCCUCGAGUGAAAUUCCCCAUUUUUUAUUUUUUUUUUUUAUUUCACACUAAUAGCUGGUUCGCCACGCACCGUUAUACUUAUAGCUUCUAAAACACAGAUAUGUGUCAUUCACAGCUAGAUAUGUCUUCUUUUCACCGCUAUUGUAAUUCACCUUUACGGGAUGCGCGUUCACAUCGAAUACUUAAUAUGUAUAUCAUUGAUUUUACAAAUAAACUAUAAAAACAUAUGUAUAUCAAUUGUCACCCAGAUUCCAGGAUUCUGAUCGCAAUGUGACGAGAUGCAAUACGAUUUUUAGAUACACUCAUUAUCAAUAUAAAAUUCAGCGGGCUGGCUAUUCGCUUGAUUAUAAAAUAGAACGCUUGGA